AUUUGCUUUGGUUUUACUGAUGAUGAUUAUUCUGAUUACUUGUACCUCUUUUCAGCCUCGGGCCCCUGGAGCUUCAGGCGCGUGCGUAACUGGCGCGCGCGGUCUCCAGCCUCCUUGUGACCACCAGUAACCCCAGCAAUCACCUCUAGACUGCCCAUUGCACGCGCCAGCACGCGCCACCUCUGGAAGUCCAAUCACGAAGCAGGGACCCGUCCUAUUCUAUACAACAGCAGGCGCGUGGCGGUUCCGGGCUCGCGCCGCGCGCCGCAGCAUCAUCCGGUGGAUGAACGGAACCAGAGAGCGGGCAGAGACGCUGGUGUUCACCGGACAGACCAACCCACCUUCACCGGAAGUGGAUAUUGUUCCAGAGGACUUCAGUCCCUUCAAAGCAGCAAGAGCUCCACCAUCUUCUUCCAUACCUCAUCGCUGCACAACACCCCUACAGCAGAAUGAAGCUGAAAGAGAACCCGAACCCCGUACUGGUGCUCCUUUUCUACCUGAUGGUGUGGAUCUAUACCGCAGUUACCUUCCUGCCCUCCUGUCUCCUCAGCUGGGUCACCACAUCACACAGGGACUUUUACGGCUCAGAGCAGGAGCGAGCCAAGAGAGCCAAGGCUUUCUCAGUCCUGGGAUGUCCAGAGGGACCCUACAGAGCCACCAGCACCACCAAGAGGCUUAUUACUUCACUCCACCCGGGAGUGGACACCCUCGAUAAGAUGCUCGAGCACGCCACCCUAAGGUUCCCCCACAGGGACUGUCUGGGUACAAGGGAGGUGAUCAGUGAGGAAGACGAGCGUCAGAGUAAUGGGAAGGUGUUCAGGAAGGUGAUUCUGGGUGAGUACCGCUGGCUCUCUUAUAAGGAAACCAUCACGGCAGCAACUAAGCUGGGCUGCGGUCUGACUUCACUGGGUCAACGGCCCAAAACCAACAUCGCCAUCUUCUGUGAGACACGAGCAGAGUGGUUAAUAGCUGCUCAGGCCUGCUUCAUGUUCAACUUCCCACUGGUCACAUUUUAUUCCACACUGGGAGGUCCGGCUAUUGCUCAUGGGCUGAAGGAAGCCCAAGUCACCCACAUUAUAACCAGUAGAGAGCUCCUGGAGACCCGACUGAAGGCUAUUCUACCUGAAGUUCCAAGGCUGCAGCAAAUCAUCAUAGUGGACAACACACCAAUCACAUGGCCCGACUGUCCACGGGGCGUCAGCAUCCUCAACAUGGAGGCUGUUCAGAAGCUGGGAUCCAGACCUGAGAACGCAACACGUAAGAGAAACCAUCCGCUGCCCUCAGACAUCGCGGUCAUCAUGUACACCAGUGGAUCUACAGGCAUCCCUAAAGGGGUCAUGAUCUCCCACAGCAACAUUCUAGCCAGCAUCACAGGGAUAGCCCAGAGGAUCCCCAACCUCAGUGAGGAAGACACCUACAUCGGCUACCUCCCUCUGGCUCAUGUGCUGGAGCUGUGUGCAGAGCUUAUCUGUAUUUCUCAUGGCUGUAGGAUUGGCUACUCCUCACCUCAAACGCUCGCCGAUCAGUCAACCAAGAUCAAGAAAGGAAGCAGGGGAGAUGCCAGCGUCCUGCAGCCCACCCUGAUGGCAGCUGUCCCGGAGAUCAUGGACCGUAUUUACAAGAAUGUGAUGAUCAAAGUGGAGGAGAUGAACAGCCUCCAGAGAACGCUCUUUAUUUUAGCUUACAAUUACAAACUGGAUCAGCUUUCCAGAGGAAACAGCACCCCACUGUGUGACAGGCUGGUGUUUAAGAAGGUUCGUUCUCUUUUGGGAGGUCGGACACGGGUCCUGUUAUCAGGUGGAGCUCCUCUUUCUGCAGCCACGCAGCGCUUCAUGAACGUGUGUUUAUGCUGCCCAGUGGGUCAGGGAUACGGCCUGACGGAGACGUGCGGCGCAGGGACGAUCAGUGAGCACUGGGAUUACAGCACUGGGAGAGUGGGAGGGCCUCUAGUCUGCUGUGAGAUCAAGCUCAAAGACUGGGUGGAGGGUGGUUAUCGAAGCACUGACAAGCCACAUCCCAGGGGGGAGAUCCUCAUAGGUGGACCCAACGUAACCAUGGGAUACUACAACAGUGAGGCAAAAAGCCAGGAGGACUUUUCUGUAGAUGAGAACGGCCAGAGGUGGUUCUAUACCGGAGAUAUUGGAGAGUUUCAUGAAGACGGUUGCCUCAAGAUUAUUGAUCGGAAGAAGGACCUGGUGAAGCUGCAGGCGGGGGAGUAUGUCUCCCUGGGAAAGGUGGAAGCUGCGUUGAAGAACUGCCCUCUGGUUGACAACAUUUGUGUCUAUGCAAACAGUGAUGAGGCUUAUGUGAUUGGCUUUUUGGUACCCAAUCAGAAACAGCUGCUGGCUCUGGCUGGCCAGUAUGGGGUCCGAGGAUCAUGGGACGAGCUUUGCAACAGCAAAGUCAUGGAGGAGCUGGUCCUUAAGGUCAUCACUGAAGCUGCACUGACAGUCCAACUGGAGCGCUUUGAGAUACCCUGCAAGAUUUGUCUCUGUCCAGAACCGUGGACGCCUGAGACAGGACUGGUGACAGAUGCGUUCAAGCUCAAACGCAAGGAGCUGAGGACACAUUACAAAGAGGACAUUGAGAGAAUGUAUGGUGGAAAAUGACCACCAGGACGAGAACAGUCACCUCUCAACAGAGUUAUUAGAGUUGUUCUUAUUUGAAUCUGUUAGUGGAGGAGAGCCGUUUCCACUCCUUCCUCCAGGUGUGUGAGCUCUUUAUAGAGAUCUCUACUGCUCCAGAUGGGAGUUGUGAAACAGAAUAUGGUGUCAUCUGUUGAACUCCUGUUUGAAGUACCAGAGUAAUAAUUCAGGUUGAUUUGACUGUUUGCACACCAAUGAAACACCCAAUCAGAAAUCAGUUUUUUUUAAUCAUCACUUUGUUUUAACUAAAUAUUUCUUAUUUUUCUUUAGUUCAUUUUUUGUUUCUCCUGCGGGUCCAGGAGACGGUUAAUCUGUUUGUUUCUUCUGGCCACUAGAUUGUUUUGGUUCCUGUCGUUGGUUUAUUUUGUCUCCCACCCUCCGUCAGAUUAUGAACCCCCCACUAGUGGGACAUCAGAACAUUCUGAUACCAAAAGCACUAUGGUGCUAAUGAGAGCAGGAUUGUAAAAAUGUGAAGCUCUUGUGUGGUCUAUUUGGUCAGAUGUUUCUACGAAAAACUUUGUCUCUAUACAGAUUUCUUCUGACUUAGCUUUUUUUUGUCACACUAAAAUGUAUCAGACCAGCAAAGAAAAGUCUGAACAGUCUUAUGAACAAAGAUAACCUGAGUAAAUAAGAAAGCAUUUUUAAAUAACCGAACCAACCUUACCCAUGUGAAAAAGUACCUGAACGCUCAGCCGUCUAACAGGUUGUCACACGUAGAGGCAACAACUGGAUCCAGUGCAAGAGCAGCACCACGACUAAACAAUCCCAACUCCGUUUGCACCAACGGAGAACAGCAAGCCCUUACACACACACCAGGCAUCUGUAAAGCAUCUGCAGGGAAACACUCCUGGCACUGCCCCUGAUCCAGUGUUUGUCAUAACCUCGGAGGAGGUUUUUCCCACUGUUCAUUACAGAAAUGUCUGAAUUCAGCCACACUGGAGAGUUUUCCAGCAUGAACAGCCAGUUUAAGGUCAAAGGUCAGAGAUUCUCUAGCUAGAGAGCAGAAUUCAUGGUUCCAUCAGUUAACGCAGGUAAUCCAGGUCCCAAAGCAGUAGAGCUGCCCCAGACCAUCACAUUACCACUGCCAUGUCUGACUAUUGGCCUGAUGGUGUAUUAGUGUUAAUACACCAUCGGGCGUACACAAUGAGUUUCCAACCCCCGUGAGGUGAAAAAUAUCAAACCGGUUUGAUUUUCACCUCAGCGUCUCGUAAAUAUGAGACUGAUCUUUGUGUAGUUUUGGAGUCGUGAGGAUGGCUGCUUAUACUGAGCCAGGAUUCUCUGGAGGUUUCUUCCUGUUAAAAGGGAGUUUUCCUCUCCACUGUCGCUUUAUGCUUGCUUAGUAUGAGGAUUGCUGUAAAGUCUCUGACACUAGUCAGUGACUUGAUGCAAUUUUCUGGGUUCCUUAUAUAGGAAACAUUAUUUCUGAUUGGCUUAAUGAACUGUGAAUUGGAAUGUUUAUUAUGUGAAGUGCCUUGAGACGACUCUUGUCGUGAAUUGACGCUAUAUAAAUAAACUUGAACUGAAUUGAAUUGAAUUGAAUUGAAUUGAAUUGGUCACUAAAGGCCACAUGACCUUUAACCAACCAGGUGUUGUACUUACUUCAUCUCACUUACUGCCAUUGUGCCAUAAUUCAUGGACGUAGGUUUCGGGGGAACGGGGGGACAUGUCUCCCCCCCACACACACACACACUUUUUCUAAAGUCAAUUUUUGUCCCCUGCACUUUUUACUGAUUGAGCAUUAGGUCCAAGUGAAAAACUACUGCAUAUUACAUAUUUUUGUAUACUUACUGUAAAGACCCCCCCUGGUCCUCAUGCCGGUUGUGCCC